AUGGAUAUUGAACAUUAUGUAUUUAUAAAUAAAAAAGUUUUACAAUUUGUUGGAUUUUAUCCAACAAAUAAAGUGCGAAGUCUUUUUUGUGUAUUGUGCAUGUUUCUUAUCGGUAUACCACAAUUAAUACAAAUUUACCAGGAUUGGAAUGAUUUAAAUAUAGUUUUAGAAGUCAGUUCAGUGUUACUUAUGAUAUUACUUGGUAUAUCAAAAGCAUUGGUAUGUACUAUAAAUAGUACUAAUGUGGAAAUUCUUAUUAAUUUUUUAUUAACGGAAUUUUGGGAAUAUGCAAUAAAUAAUACAUCUUAUAGAAACUUAGAAAAAUAUGCUAUGCAAGCUAAAAAUAUUACAAAGGGAUAUUUGUUUUUGAUAUUUAAUGCCUUACUAAUAUUUUUCAUGUUGCCAUUGAUCGAUAUAUUCAUUUUAAAAUAUAAAGGAAUACUUAGUAAUGAUUCCAACAGUUUCCCUUUUAUGGCAUCAUAUCCUGAUUUCUUUUAUGAAUUUCCUCUCUAUGAGAUUACUUACACCUCUCAGGUAAUAGCAACAGUUAUUUGUGGUCUUCUUAUACUAGCAACAGAUACUUUGAUAGCUACAGCUAUAAUUCACACGUGCGGUCAUUUUGUAACAUUGCAAAAGAAUCUAAACAAUUUGAAUAAAAGUUGCAACAUGGUAUAUAGUAUAUUAUUUUAUGCUGCAAAUUUUCCAAAAAUUCAGUAUAUACAAGUCAUCAUUAUUUUAGGCUUAUCAACUUCGAUAUCAGGAAAAAAGAUCGGGAAAAAUAAUAAAACGUAUAAAAUACCAAUUAAUACAAAAUAUAAAAUACAAUAUUGUAGAUUUUGCGAAAUAAUGGAGAACAAUUUUAGUUUAAUGUUGCUUUUGCAAACUGUAUCUAGUAGUCUAAUAAUCUGUUUAGUAGGUGUACAAGUCAGUAUUGUAAGUAUUAAAAAACUUAAUAUAUUAAGUGGUUUAACAGAUAGUACUAAAUUAAUGAAAUAUUUUUCCUAUUUAAUCAUGGCACUAUCUCAACUACUAUUAUUUUGUUUUCCCGGAGAUCAGCUGAUUUAUGAGGUAAUAAAAUCAAAUUUACAAAAAUAUAUAAAUGUAUAUUAUUGUAACAAAUGUAUUAUAUCAUAUAAGAGUUCUAUGGUUAGCAAAACUGUAUACUCCAUAAAAUGGUAUCAGAUAUCUACACCAAUAAAAUCUGAAAUAUGUAUGAUGAUAUUACGCAGUCAAAAACCAUGUUAUAUAACUGCUGGCAAAAUCUAUGUAAUGCAUUUAGAAAACUUUAAUGCGAUUUUGAAUACUUCUCUCUCAUAUUUUAUGGUUCUUAAGAAUUUUAACACAUAG